AUGGCGAUUUCAUCUUACCCGACUCCUGCAGACGCUGGAGUGCUCUGCGUAAUCCUGGCUAACACGGCCAUCUCGAUCUCCAUCUUCAAGGAGAUCUUCCGCUCCAUCCUACAUGUCAUCGGCAUUCACAUAUCCUCGUGGGAGGACUUCUCGGUGGAGCCCUCAAACUCUGGUGAGUGCUGCAGGCGCCCCUCGGAGUCUUACGUGGAGGAGUUCAGGAGCCGCUCGCCCUCAAUGCAGUACGAGUCGGUCUUCAUCUGCCCAUGCCCCAAGCAAGAGUGCUCCAUCUGCUUGACCGAAUUCGAGCCCAAGGCAGAGAUCAACCAGCUCUCCUGCGGCCACGUCUUCCACAAGCCCUGUCUCGAGAAGUGGCUCAACUACUGGAACAAGACGUGCCCUCUCUGUCGGAACUACAUGAUGCCACAGGAAGCCGAGGACGCCUCCUCGUGCCCCAUGUGAGGUAGAAUCUACGACGUGUGUACAGCAUAGGAGACGAGAAGUAUCCGUUAGAAUCACGAAGAUCGUGUAGUAGUCCGAUGCAUAUACGUAAGCUGCCAGUAUUCUGCGUCCUCUUUGUAGCGACGGGUCAGCGCGACGUUUAUCCGUGUUUGUAUAUAUUAUGGGAAGCUUUCAAGAA